GGUUAGGCCCGCACCAAGCCUAUAUAACUAAAGCCCAAGCUCAUCAAAUUCGAAGCAAAGCAAGCUAAGACAUUCCGAUGAUGAAGACCCUAGUAGUUGUCCUCAGCUUCAGCUUAACCAUCCUUUCCUUCGGAGGUGCACAUGCAGCGACAAUUUCUUUCAAAAACAAUUGCCCCUACACGGUCUGGCCAGCAACCCUAACCUCCGAUGGAAAACCUCAAUUAUCAACCACAGGGUUCGAGUUAGCAUCCCAAGCUAGCUUCCAGCUAGACACUCCGGUGCCGUGGAACGGCCGCUUCUGGGGCCGAACUGGAUGCUCCACGGACGCCUCUGGAAAGUUCGUCUGCACCACCGCAGACUGUGACUCUGGUCAGGUCACGUGCAACGGUAAAGGUGGCAUUCCGCCAGCAACUUUAGCGGAAUUCAAUAUUCCAGCAGGCGGAGGACAAGAUUUCUACGACGUUAGUCUUGUUGAUGGCUUCAACUUGCGCAUGUCUGUGACUCCACAAGGCGGUACCGGAGACUGCAGGACGGGUAGUUGCCCGGCGGACGUGAAUGGAGUUUGUCCGAGUGAGCUGCAAAAGAAAGGGCCCGAUGGGAGCGUGGUUGCCUGCUUGAGCGCAUGUGUUGCAUUCGGUGACCCACAGUACUGUUGCACUCCGCCUAACGAAACUAAAGAGAAAUGCCCACCGACAAAUUACUCUCAGAUAUUCCAUAACGCAUGCCCCGACGCUUACAGCUACGCUUAUGAUGACAACAAGGGUUUAUUUACGUGCUUUGGUGGACCUAACUACGCCAUUACUUUCUGCCCAUGAUGAGCAUACAUAAAUAUGAACUAUAGAAAGGACAAGAUCUCUAAUAAAGAUAGGACUCUCGACAUGUAAUGUGUCGAUAAUUAGUCCUGCUCUAUAUUAAACGUUUGAUCUUUAAUAAAGGUAAGACUCUCGACAUGUAAUUGGUAACGUGUCAAUUAUUAUAGUCUGGCUAUGUAUCAAGCAUUUGAUCUUCAAUAAAGAGAAUUGUCCACUUGUAAUUGAUAAUGUGUCGAUAUCGAUAUUAUUAUCAUCAAUAAUAAAAAUAUUGAUAUGUUAACGA